AUGAGCAAAGCACUGCCGUAUGACUCGUUGCCAGCCAGGCCGAGCCCGCGACGAAGAGAGACGUGGGAGAGGGAGCAGCAGGCUAUACGGAGACUAUCUUCACCCAGGGGCUUGGGACUGCCAACCCCACCCCCUGUCUCCCGCCGUCCCUCAGCCCUCCCGGGAUAUCUGCUCUCGCCCUUCCAGGAGCCCAUUGAACAUCAACAGCAGCAGCACCGCCUCUCCCUGUCGCUGUGCUCUGAGGCCUCACUGGCGCCUCCCGUGCCAGUGGCGGGUGGUGCCCCGCCUUGCUGCCGGGCGGUGGGCAUCAUGCCCCUAUUGCGCCUGGCCCUGCUGGUCUUCAGCUGCCUCUUCUGGGCGGCUGGACUGGCCAUCUUCACGCUGGGCAUUUGGGCACAGGCUUCGCUGGCAGAUUACAUGCUGCUCUCAGCUAACCACUACCCCAAUGCCCCACUUAUCCUGCUGGCCACAGGGGCUGCUGUCACUGCUUGGGGCUUCCUUGGCUGCUUGGGUGUAGCAGCCAAUCUGCCAUGUCUCCUCCGGGCUUAUGGCUUCUUCCAGUUGGCCACACUGAUGGGAGGACUAGCCGCUGGUCUGUCAGGGCUCUUCUACCGCGAAGACAUUGCCGGCGGCUUCCGUAGCGGCCUGCAGAGGGCGGUGUUGGCCUAUGGAGAGGAUGAGGGUCGUGCAGAUGCCCUGGACAGCCUUCAGCGGGCACUGGAGUGUUGUGGUGCCGAGGGCUGGCGAGACUGGCUGUCAUCUGACUGGGCGUCGCAGGAUGCCGUUAGUGCGGCCGGGCACCCAGGGAAUGAGUCGGUAGUGUCGGUACCAGACAGCUGCUGUGUACGGCGAAAGGGUUGUCGCAACAGGCCGCUGCUGGUGACAAGCGCUGAGGGGGUCGCAGACGCGGGGAUUCACCCUCACGGAUGCUUCCAGAAAGUGUUCAGCUUUGUCAACGAUAAUGUCUUCCACAUCGCUGCCACCGUGUUAGGUCUCGCCUUCACCCAGGUAGCAGGCAUCGCCCUAGCAUGCCUGCUCGCGAACCGUCUCGCGCCUCGUGUGCGUCGACAAGGAGGACACUAA